AUGGCAGGAGGUGUCCGGAGGAAGUCUCCCGGUUCCCCGUCCCCAGUGUGGGGGAAGCUCCACACAGUGUGGCAGGACAAACAUUUAGUCCUGUUCAAGACGGAAUACACACUUCUGGUCGUUUCACUUUUGUGGUUCUUGGAGAUCGGGAUUAAUGUGUGGGUCAUACAAAAAGUAGCAUACACUGAGAUAGACUGGAAAGCCUACAUGGAUGAAGUAGAGGGUGUCAUCAAUGGCACCUAUGACUACACCCAGCUUAAAGGAGACACAGGCCCCUUGGUGUACCCGGCUGGAUUCGUCUACAUCUUCACAGCUCUCUACUACAUCACGAGCCAUGGGGUGAACAUCCGUCUGGGCCAGUACCUUUUUGCUGCUUUCUACCUCAUGACACUGUUCUUGGUCUUCAGAAUUUACAACCGCACAAAGAAGGUUCCUCCCUAUGUGUUUUUCUUUGUGUGUUGUGCUUCUUAUCGGAUUCAUUCCAUCUUUGUGCUGCGUCUUUUUAAUGACCCAGUGGCUAUGAUGUUGCUGUUUGCAGCUGUCAACCUCUUUCUAGAUGGACACUGGACACUAGGCUGCGGCAUUUACAGUUUAGCAGUGUCUGUGAAAAUGAAUGUGCUGCUUUUUGCUCCUGGGCUACUUUUCCUCCUCCUGUCUGAGUUUGGUCUAAUCAGAACUAUUCCAAAGCUUUCUCUGUGUGCAGGCAUACAGCUUUUUUUGGCUCUUCCUUUCCUCCUGGAGAAUCCAGUUGGUUACGUGAGCCGGGCUUUUGAUCUUGGUCGUCAAUUUAUGUUCAAGUGGACGGUGAAUUGGCGGUUCCUGCCAGAAUGGCUCUUCUUGAAUCGUUACUUCCACUUAGUCCUGCUGGCUGGCCACCUGCUCACCCUGCUGCUCUUUGCUUUCCGUCGCUGGAAGAGACCAGGAGAAAGCAUCUUUGAACUUCUUAAAGAUCCAGGCAAGAGGCGACACCUUGCUCAGAAAAACAGCGCUGAUCAGAUAGUGCUCAUUCUUUUCACCUCUAACUUUGUUGGUAUGUGCUUUAGUCGUUCUUUGCACUACCAGUUCUACGUGUGGUAUUUCCACACCCUGCCUUACCUGCUCUGGAGUGGAGGAGUCAAGAAGUUGGCCCACUUACUCAGGGUCCUGAUCCUGGGUCUGAUCGAGCUUUCAUGGAACACUUACCCCUCUACCAACAGCAGCUCAGCUGCCCUUCAUGUCUGCCACCUCAUCAUACUCCUCUGUCUGUGGCUGGCCCCACCUCUGUCUUCAGCCCCGGCACAAACUCAGGAACAAAAGGCAGCAAAGGACAAACACCACUGAAAACAACGGGCUGGAUGCCACAUUGAGCCUUAACAGCUGCCAAACAGCCUCCGUCCUCCUCUUCGUUUAUGUCGUCGCAACACAAGUGAGAGAGGGAGGUCACUGAGGUCACCGUUUAAAUUAGCAGAACAUUUGAAGCUUCUUGUCUCAGCUCACUGCUUAAAGCGAAGGAAGCUACUGUAACACGUGG